AUGAGUGGAUUUGCAUCAAAGUUGUCUGCUGCUGGCACCAAGGGAUGGAAGGAUUUGCAGUCUCUCUGGAGUCAGUCAAAAACCACCUUGACCUCAUUAGAGACAAGUCCAGGAGAGAAAUCGUCCCUGCUCUCCAGGUCAUACGGUAGUGGAGGUGAGUCUCCCAAGAACCAGCUCUUGAAUGAAAAUGAACCAUGGGGAGACUGGAGUCCAGAGUCAGACAGAUCUGCUGACAGAUCCACACAAUCCAGUAUUCCCAAUCCUGACUGUUCAGUCUGCGGCGAUGACGACCUUGAAGUCUGGCUGAACGAUGAGUCGUCUACUUUUUCAUUCAAUAGAAAAUCAUCAAAAAAGAACAGUUGGAAUACCAACACUAAGUACACUGCUGUAACAUCAAAGAGAAAAGAACCACUGACUGGAAAUCUUCUAGAUUUGGAGGAAGGAUGUGAAGGCAUGACAACACUAUCUAGAGGCGGCUGUGAUAAUAAGGGCUGGACAGCUAUUGGACAAUAA